AAAAAAAGGCGACUAAGGCAGCAGCGGCAAGCCGAGCUGGCCUAGUCUGGUGUAUUGCAGCCGGGUAGAGACAAACUGCGGGUUCGUGGAUGCUUGCCUGCCAUUACUUAACCAGUAUCAUGCUGACCGCAUUACCAGUAUCCACGACUGGGCUGCAGGGUUGGUCCGGUCAUGGGAUUCAAUCAACGGGCGUUGUUGGGUACCAAGAACUUGAUGGUUCUACAACGUUCUCUCUGCCGGUUCCUUGGCUAGCGUACCCGACAUGGGUUCGGGCGGUUGAGUCUCGGUUGAGUAAUAGUUUAUUUAUUUUUUUUCCUGUUGUGUCCCAAAGUUGCGGGUGGCUCAACAUGUUUACUGGGAGAUACUGUUUAUGUCAUUUGAUUGCUGGGCGAUGUUGAAUAUUUCAAUUAUAUAUAAGCCAAGAUAAGACUGAUAUGAGACAUAUGAAAUGUUGAGGGUAGAGUCGCAUGGUGUGCGAGUCGGGUAUCAAUAGACAUAGAAUGAAAAAGAAAACAGUCAAGCAAU